CGUAUCCGCUUGUCCUCACUACUAUACCGAAACAACGACACACAUCGCAGGAACAGCGCAAACUGCAGCGUAGCGGACCCGCUGGGGUUCCCUUUGAAUUCGAGCUCGCGAGCGCCACGACGAGUUAAAUGCGCCCCCCUAUCACAGUAGGAGAAGACCGCUGUGUGUAACUUCCAGCACACGUUGAUCGUUGUGCGCAGCAGAAAGGGCAGUGUGCGUAUAUGUGUGUGUGUGUGUGUAUACUCUGGAUGUGGGACUGAGUUCAUUCUCGCUGCCCUGGGCUCGUAUUACAAAGACAGGAGAACGAGGGAGUGCACGGAGGAGAGAGUUCCGCUAUGCAAACUGACAGCAUCGUAUGUCUUGAUUCCCGAGAUCUUGAAAGAAAACAAAGGGGCCGAAGUGUGUGACUUAAAAAAAAACUAAAAACUAGCAAAAUAAUGGAAUAAUCUAGAUUUACUGUGUUUUGCCGGACUAACGAUAACGUGUGGAAAACGGAUACGAAUUCGCUUAGACGUCAGUUUACGGACAUAGCCAGACACGGUGAAUAUUGCUUUUAUUACAGAAGCAGUGGACGGAACGCCGCGCAACAGUGAGCACGCCGUAAAGGUCACUGUGAAACAGACGGACGGGAGGCCGCUCGUCUUCCUCGCCUGCAUUGCACCUUCCAGCCACAGAGCCCCCAUAAGUUUGAGGAGGCGGAGUCAGAGCAAUGGGCGGGGCAAGAGUCCUGCUGUUGUUGCUCCUGAUUGGUUGGGGAAAGGUCAUGUGUAUAAACUGGAACCCAAUCCCACGCAAGACCAUCAAACACAGUGAUGUGUGUGACAGCGUGGCCCGGUUUCGGGCGGCGGGGGUGUGGAACUACACCAUGGUGACGCUGGGGGAGCACGACCGCGUCCUCUACGUGGGGGCCCGGGAGGCCAUCUUUGCCCUGGACCCCAGUGACAUCAGCAGGCAGCUCCGACCCCAGAUUGACUGGGCAGCCCCACAGGAGAAGAAGAAGGAGUGCGUGACCAAGGGCAAGAACAACCAGACGGAGUGCUUCAACUACAUCCGUUUCCUGCAGACCUACAACCACACUCACCUGUACACCUGUGGCACCUACGCAUUCCAGCCCACCUGUACCUACAUUAAUGCAGAUCGCUUCACUUUGGACAGCGCCGCCCUGGAGGAUGGGAAGGGAAAGUGUCCAUAUGACCCAGCCAAGGGCCAUAUUGGGCUGCUGGUUGAUAAGGAGCUGUACUCCGCCACCGUCAACAACUUCCUGGGAACGGAGCCGGUGAUCCUGAGGAACCUGGGACCGCACCACAGCCUGAAGAGCGAGUCCUCCAUCUGGCUCAAGGAGCCGGACUUUGUGGGCUCGGCGCUGGUUCCGGAGAGCAGCGGGAGCAGGGAGGGCGACGACGACAAGAUCUACUUCUUCUUCAGCGAGCACGCGGAGGAGCUGGCCUGCGACAGCGAGGUCACUGUGGCACGCGUGGCCCGGGUCUGCAAGGGGGACCAGGGGGGCACGCGCACCCUGCAGAAGAAGUGGACCACCUUCCAGAAGGCCCGCCUCGUCUGCUCCCUCCCUGAGCGUCACGUGACCUUCAACAACCUGCGCGCGGUCUUCACCCUGCCCGGCCCGGACUGGCGGUCCACGGCCUUCUACGGCAUCUUCCACGCCCAGUGGGGCGACGUGGACGUGUCGGUCGUGUGCCGGUACCACAUCGGAGAGGUGAAGAACGUGUUCGACGGGCCGUACAUGGAGUACCGCGAGGCCUCUCAGCGGUGGGACCGCUACACGGGCCCCGUGCCCAGCCCCCGCCCCGGGUCGUGCAUCACCAACUGGCACCGGGAGAACGGCUUCAACAGCUCCCUGCAGCUGCCCGACUCCACGCUCAACUUCGCCAAGAAGCACCCGCUGAUGGAGAGGGCCGCCGCGGCGCGCCCCCUGCUGCUCACCAAGGGCAUCAACUUCACCCGGCUGGCGGUGGACCGGGUCAUCGCCCUGGACCAGAAACCCUACAGCGUGCUCUUCGUCGGGACAGCUGAGGGAUGGCUCCAGAGGGCCGUGGUCCUGGACUCCGAGGCUCACGUGAUCGAGGAGAUCCAGCUGUUCGAUCACCCCCAGCCCGUCGACAGCCUCACCAUCUCGCACUCCAAGAAGUUCCUGUACGUUGGCUCGCGCUCGGAGGUUCUCCAGCUCCCGUUGGCUAACUGCAGCCGGUACCAGUCCAGCCCCGACUGCCUGCUGUCCCGGGACCCCUACUGCGCCUGGGACAGCGAGGGGCGGGUCUGCAUUCGCAUCGACCUCCACCGCGGCUCCACCUCCACCCUGACCCAGGACCUUGCCCUGGAUCGCUUCAUCCAUAAGGCCAAAUUCGACAAACCGGUUUUCAUUCCCAGCUCAGACCCCUCCCGACCGAAGAACGUGACGGUGGUCGUCGGUUCGGACCUGGUCCUGCCGUGCCACCUGGUGUCCAACCUGGCCCAGCCCUCCUGGCUCCUGAACGAGAGAGAGCUCCCCCUGGGGGGCGGCGAAGGAGGCGCAACGGAGCCGCGUUUCGACCGGGCCCUCCGGGCUCUGGUCAUCCCCAACGCCGGCCCCCAGCAGGCGGGGCGCUACACCUGCUACUCCGAGGAGCAGGGCGUGAAGUUCACCACGGAGCGCUACCUGGUCGCCGUGGUAGCCAGCGCCCCCGUCUUCAUGGAGGCGCGCGCUCCGGACGGCAGCAUGGGGCUGUUCUGGGUGCUGGUCAUAACCCUGGGCGCCGUCUGCCUGCUGCUGAUGGGCCUGGCGCUGUACCUGCGGCGCAGGCUCAAGCUGGCCCUGGGCAAAGGGGCGGAGAUGAAACCGCUGGAGAGCACCCUGGUCUACCCCAUCACCCUGCCCAAGGAGCCGCCCACGUUCGUGCCCAGCAAGAUGGCGGGCGACGAGGACCGCUUCUGGGAGACGGGCGCCAACUACUACUACUCGGACGGGUCGCUGAAGAUCGUGCCGGGCCACGCCCUCUGCCCCAGCAGCACGGGGCCCGUCACGCCCAGCACCAUCCCCGGCCAGCCAAUCCACUCCCCCAGCCGGCUCAGCCUCACCAACAUCCGCGGCUCCGGCAGCAACGGCUAUAUCCGGCUGAACCUGAGCUCGGCGGGGGAGGAGAGGGGCGGCGGGGGCCCGCUGGGCGGCGGCCUGGGCGGGGUGGGGAACGAGUACUCCAGCCCCUUCAAGGAGGAGCUCCGCCGGACCCUGCAGCAGAGGAGCGUGCUCCCGGACGCCAAUCCUGAGGAGUCGUCGGUGUAGCUCCGCCCCCCCCCCCCCCCACUCGGCGUCGGCGAAAAGCCCCUGCGACUGCAACUCUUUUCAAAAAAAAUUAAAAACUAAAAAAAAGAAAAAAGACAACGGCAACUAACCUACCUCCCUCCGUCAUGGAGCGCCCGCACCUCCUCCUCCUCCUCCUCCUCAUCCUCCUCUCUCUCACCGUUCACGCGCUCUCUCGCCCAAUUUUUUCGACUCACUCUCGCUCGGACCCCGUCACGCGCCCGGUCGGGCCCGGCGGAAGCCUGCAUGCGGCCGUUCGUUUGGACAGCUGUGCCUCCGCCGCCUCCUUCGCAAGCGUCGCGGUCACGUUCUUCGCCGCCUCAUUAACGUCUAACAACUGUGUAAAUUCUGUAAUUAGAGACAAGAGGAGUUCUCCUCGGGCACGGUGAUCCGGCACAGGGAGGUGAGGAAGGUUCCGUACGCCGAGAGCGACUGGAGUGUGUAGGACUCGACUGUCGUCCAAUCGGGACGCUGAGAACGUUCUGGGACUGCGACAGAGCCAAUCGGCGAGUGACACAGGCUGCAUGAGAAUGGACCACUUCAAUUUCUGCUGUUCUGAAUUCCUUUCAAGCUUUUCUGCACUUAAAAGGGGGCAAGAUUGAACAUCUGUUCUGUUGGGAACAGAGAGGGAGAGAGAGAGAGAGAGAGAGAGAGAGAUACAAAGAACAAAAUAAAACUGAAAAUGAAAUGACAAUCAUGUCCUCCCCCCCCCUCCACCACCCCACCAGGAGGUGCACCUUGGGGGUGAAAGAAGGGAGAGAUGGAGAGGUUUAAAUGAGCUUGGUGAGAAAGAGACAGGGUGUUUUUUUUUUGAAUGAAGGACAGCACUCAGACUUUCUCAGCAAUUCUGUUUGUACUUUGAAAUCUUUUCCUUUGAGAUUGUCUUUUGGCUCCUGUGAUAUUAAUAUAUUGUGAUGAUGUUAAUUAAGACGCCUUUUUCAAAGGAACUGUGUUAUUUUCUAUCUCUUUGGACCCUCGGGGCAAAAAAAAA